ACAAAACGAGCAUUGAGUUUGAAAAUUUAUUGCAGUGCACAUAACAGCAUCAUGUUGCCUGGAGCAAACAAGCACAGUGUUAACAACAGUCAACAGACCAGACAACACAAUCCCAUCCUCUGUUCCAUUCAGCUGCUGAAGAGCCCACACAGCUCUUCCCCUGCUUUCUCCGCUAGCUCAGUUGAAUUGGAGCAGUCUGUACCAUCAUUUGGUCCUUCCAAUCCACAAACGCAUUUUAGAUGACUUAAACCUGUCAGGGUUUAUUAUGUUGUCAUUUUGGCUGCUGCAUAUUCCUUGGUUUCACUUGUAAGGAUAUUAAGGAAAACUUGGAAUCUGGGAAAGAUGGCUGCAUUGUUCUGGGACUGGGAUUACGCUACAACUCCUCCACAGACACCAGCUCUACACUUCAGUUCUGAGUUCAGGCGUACAAGCCCUGUAAGAUUCUAUAAUCGUUCACACUGUAGUUCACCCAUUCAAGAAAGCUUAGACUGGCCUUCAAGUGAGCAAGUGGAGUUCACAAGACUAAACCCCUCUAGAACCAAAGACAAUACAGAAGGAGAAUGGCAUAUGGUAACAGCCACUCGCUCAUUGCUUGGCAGCGAACGAAGAGGCCAGAGGGAGGGUUUGCAGGACCAGCGGAGGGUGUCUUACAACAGCUUGCCAAGAGCGCAUUUUCUCCAGCCAAAUAGAGAAUCAAGUGCUUUUUCACCCUAUGCUAAUGACUUCUGCUUGAAUGGUAAAGAUGCCAAGAACAUUGCUGAGUCCCCCAGGAACAGUCGUAAGCUGCACCCGCUGACACAGCCGGGCUUCUACAGUCCAAAAAUCCCACGGUCAAAACACUGUGAAGCUGCACAGUCCACAAAAAGUCUUUAAAAGGAUCUUCUUCUACAAACAACCUGAAGGAGUUCUUUGCUCUCACGUUGCCUCUUCCUUGCUCCAAAACUGCUGUUCUCAAACCCAGCCCUUUGUCUUCUAAACCACAAAAGGUAAAAACCUUUGUGGUGGAGAAGCCUCCUUUGAUGAGAGCUGUGGUUUCUCAAACUUCACUGACCUCUAAUCAACCUGACAAGGAGCACUUCAGCCAACUCCAGCCAAGAGAAGACCAUCUCAUCAAGAACCAGGACUGUGGUUUGUUCAGUCUGCAGGAACCCAAUAGGAAACCUCCCAGAAAUGACCAGCCUUUAUUCACUGAGGAUAUUACUACAAAGGAUCAUCUUUCUAUUAACACACUGCAUUUGUUUUCUGAACGCCAUUCUAGAGCAGACCAGCUUGCUACACUUUGUCCAAAACUGGAAAAGGCAAGUCAUGAGAGAUUUAGCUUGAGUGUUGACGCUGAUAUUAAACCAUCUCAGGGUGACCCUGACUGGUCACGUCAACUUCAAACCAGCCCAGCUAAACCUGACCGCAGCCCAAAACAAAAGAAGACACAGUACACACAACAAAGAGAAACCGGGGAUGCCCAAAACAUAGAGUACAACCAUGUAAAAAGUCAGGUGGAUGUGAACUCAAAGAAUGUGUUUGGUCAGCCUCGAGUGAUUGCAUCACUGCGAGCAGCAUGUUCCCCGCGGCCCGUUCGCAAGAGCACAGUGGUGGAGGACUUGAAAAAACUCAUUGUGAUGGAUGACACAGAGGACAGCGCUCAGGGUGAUUCAUUGUCACCUCAACAAAAAGAGGCGGGGCUUUGCAGCAGUUUGCAAAUGUCGGGUUCAUCCGCAAGUCCAUUGUUAUUUAGUCAAGCACACCGAUCAAACCCAGAGUCUCCCCGACUUACACCCAUCCAUCUCCACCUGCAAACACGUCAAACAGAAUGUGAAGGAAUGGCUGAGCAGGCUGAAUCUGACCUAUGGGACAGAGACCAACAUCCUGAUCCUGAACUCAUGCCCCUGCCAAACGUGGCCUGUGAUCUUGACUGGAAUAGUUUAGUUCAAGCGGCCCAAGAAUAUGAGACACAAAGGAUGGCAACCCUUUUGUCAGAAACAAGUCCUGUAUCAAGCAGGCCAGACACACCAUCCAAUGGAACCUACAAGAUCCACCAAUCCAGCGCCUAUUGCAGUGGAGAAGAUAUGGACAGUGACGUAUUCAUUGACUUUCCCGACCAACUCUCUCACCUGGAAGGGAUGCUUAGGCGACUGAGUAGUGAUCUGCUGAAGGAGAAGAGAGACAAGGUGGCUCUUCUUGCGGAGGUUUUGAAGCUUCGCAUUAGCAACCAGCAUCUGAGAGAAGAGUCCCUUUGUGCAGUUGCACAACUACACAAAAUCAGCAACAUUUUAAACACAACAUCUGGAGAGAUGGAGUAGUGCAGGGUUGUAAGCAAAACUACAAAUCUGGACUUUUUUGCUUUUUCUGCACUCAUUUGAAAGGUAAAAAUCUGCAGAAUGGAUUUAAACAUGUUAAGAUUUAUUAAGUUGAGCCAUUGGUGACUGAACGCUUAAUCAAACUAUCCAAAAUGUUUAAUAACAUUACAUUAUGUAAUGUAGAAACAAAUGUACAAGACAGUGUUCCAGUUCCUUUGAACUUUCUGCUGGCACAGGUCUCACAUAAGCUUAAAAACCCAAACAAACUGAACUCAGUCAAAGUUCAUUAACAGCACAGUACAAACCAGAACAACUUUCAUGAGGUUGAUAACUCUUUUGGGAAGCAUAUUACAGCUCCUCUAAGGGUUCUGAAUAAUUAGGGUAAGGCUAUAAAAAGCAAUUAAAUAGCUUAAUAUAAACAUUAUAAUAAAUAUAUAAAUAUAUAUAUACUGGAUGGAUACUUAUCAGCUGCCAUUUGUCAUAAAUAAGUAAUACAAUUCUGAAUGUUUUAUCUAACAAUGGAAAGUCACAAUGAAAAAUGCUGAAAACAGUAUACAUGUAAACAUGCUCUGUGAUGAUUAAAACCAACAGAGCAAUAAAAAUAUACUUAACACACAAUAAAUUAGUUCUUUUAAUAUCCCUGAGAUGCAAUUGUUUUAAAUCACAACAGUGAUUAACCCUAAUAAAACUGUAUCGAACUAUACUUGUUUAAACACCAGCUUGUUUUUCUUCGACCUUUCAAGCAUGUAUUCUCAGUGCAGUAGAUAAUUAGGUGUAAAGACCUUCAUUUGACAGCUGCAUACUUGUCUCUGUAGGCCAGUAACAUGUGCAGGGGACUAGGCAUAGAGCGUCCUGCCGUCAUUUCUGCCUCGUGUACUUGAGCGCGUACAUUGCGGUUCUGUUGGCAACUGUAGCUCCAGGCUUUCAAGCUAAAAAUGGAGAGGGGUUUAAAUGAAGUUGCAUUGCAACAGACAAGCCUGAAUGAAGUUUGGAGAAUUCACAGCCUACCAGUACAAACGCCUCUCCCUCUUCGGCAAGAUGUGCCAUAGUUUGGCUAACUCUUUGGUGACCGUAGUGGAGGGGAUGCCAGGAUAGGAUCUGUUUGGAAAUAAUAUCAACAGUCUGGAAUUAAUGGAUGAUAUGUUUAAAUAUAUUUAGAUGGGUUUAAAAAAUGGAUUUAGAAUUAAAGGAUUAGUUCCUUUCCAUAAUUUACUCACCACCAUGUCAUCUAAGAUGUUCAUGUCUGUCUUUCUUCAGUCGAAAAGAAGGUUUUUGAGGAAAACAUUCCAGGAUUUUUCUCCAUAUAGUGGACUUUAAUGGGGAUCAGCAGGUUGAAGGUCCAAAUUGCAGUUUA